AAUUCUUUCGUGUCUACGAUGAAAGGAGAAUCUGCGCCUCCAUGGCUAGAGCUAUUGCUUUCAACAGAGUUUUUCACCGCUUGUACCAUCCAUCUCCACUCCCCUCGCAAUGAAUGCAACCUAUUUUGCAUCGAUUGUGAAACACCACAAGCUGCCUUUUGCUAUUAUUGUCGUUCAUGUCAUCAUUCUUCGCAUCAUGUAAUUCAGAUAAGGCGGUCAUCGUACCAUGAUGUCGUGAAAGUAUCUGAGUUAGAGGAUAUCCUUGAUAUUAGCAAUGUACAAACUUAUGUGAUCAACAGUGCAAGAGUUGUGUUUUUGAAUGAGCGCCCUCAGUUACGUGGUUGUGGUGCUUCAGCAAUAAAGUCAUCCUCCUCGUCAUCAUCAUCUUAUAACUGUGAGACUUGCAGCAGAGUCCUUCUUGAUGCGUUUCGCUUCUGCUCUCUUGGAUGUAAUCUUACAGGCAUGAAAAGAGAUGAUGGGAUAGUUGUGGCUGAAAAUGGUAUUGCUUGCAAUGAUAAGGACAUUGACAAUGGUGGUAACAAUGGUACUACAAAUACUAGUUGCAAUGGAAAGGACAUAGAAAUUGGUGAAAUCAAUGGUACUACUACAAAUAAUGCAAGUGAGGAUGAAAUAUGUAGCGGUGCUAGCGAGGACAAGGAGAUGCCAUCAUCAACAAGGGUUGUUCGUCGUCACCGUCGGAAGGGAAUUCCUCGCCGUGCACCAUUUUUCUAA